AAUCAGGGAACGCUCCGCUCUGUCUUGGACUUUCCCUCCGUCAUGAGUAAAACCGGAUUUUCUCUCCACUUGAUCCACUUUUUAUUAAUCCACGUCUCCAUUCUGCACUUCGUGAUUGUUCUACCUCCAUCCGAAGCGCUAUGCUUUUACUAAACAGGCUCUGUGUGUGCCUUUUACUUCUGGUUCCUGCCACCUUCGCUUCUACAGACAAGGUGACAGCUGCCACAGUGUACUGGGACUCCGAACACAAGAAUGUUCUGCUGAAGGAAGGGGUUCUGGAGACAGAAGGAGAUGCGUAUGGGUUCCUGAAUGACACCCUGCUGAGCACAGGCUGGAGCGUCCUGGAGAUCCGAGCAGGGUACGGACAGACCAAGGAGACGGAUGAGGUGACUUUCUUCCUGGCUGGUUAUCUCGAAGGCUUCCUCACUGCUCAGCAGAUGAUGGACCACUACACAAACAUGUACCCUCAGCUGAUCCAAAACCCAAAGGUCCUCGCUAGAGUUCAGACUUUCAUGAAGAAGCAAGAUUCAUGGGUCAGAGACCAGGUGAAACUGAACAAGACCACAGAUCCUCUGUGGAAACACACAGGUUUCAUCGUGGCCCAGAUGGAUGGUCUCCAAGCCGGCGUUGCAUACUGGGCAAAGAAACUAGGGAAGAAGCCGCUGUCGCUGUUUGAUAUCCAGUUCCUGAAUGCUGUGGGAGACCUGCUGGAUCUGAUCCCUGCCCUAGUCCCAAACUCCAACCCUCCACUCAGAGACUAUAAACUGCCAGGAAUGGGACACUGCUCUGCACUCAUCAAGAUGCUGCCUGGCUAUGAGAACCUCCUGUUUUCUCACUCCAGCUGGUACACGUACGCUGCCACAAUGCGGAUCUAUAAGCACUGGGAUUUCCACAUCACUGAGCCAAACACAGCCACAGGGAAACUGUCCUUCAGCAGCUACCCAGGUUUCCUGGUGUCUCUUGAUGACUUCUACCUCCUAGGCAGUGGGCUGAUGAUGACCCAGACCACCAACAACGUCUUCAACUCAUCACUUUUUGAUAUAAUUACCCCCAACAGCCUUCUGGCCUGGCAGAGGGUCAGGUUGGCUCACAGCCUAGCAAAGACUGGAAAGGAGUGGGCCACAACGUUCUCCAUGUACAACUCAGGCACCUACAACAACCAGUACAUGGUGUUGGACCGGAGCAAAGUGAAACUGGGCCACAGCGUUGAUGAUGGUGCUCUGACUGUGGUGGAGCAGAUCCCAGGACUGGUGGAGUACUCUGACCAGAGUCAGGCUCUGCGCAGAGGUUACUGGCCGUCUUACAACAUUCCCUUCCACAAGAAGAUUUACAUGCUGAGUGGGUACCCUCAAAUGUGGGAGGAGUAUGGAGAGGAUUUUUCUUAUGAUCUUUGUCCCAGAGCCAAGAUCUUCAGACGUGAUCAAGCGGAUGUCAAAGACCUGGACUCCUUGAAGCACAUCAUGAGAUUCAACGACUACAAGACAGAUCCAUAUUCCAAGGGAGACCCCUGCAAGUCCAUCUGCUGCCGCAAUGACCUCAGAUCAGAGAGGCCUUCACCUGGGGGUUGCUACGACACUAAGGUAACAGAUUUUAACAUGGCUGGGGACUUCAGUGCGGAGGCAGUGAACGGACCUACGACACAGGAUGGACUCACGCCGUUCCUUUGGGAUAAGUUCAGCAACAUCAGCCACCAGGGUCUGCCACAGUUUUACAAUUUCUCCUUCGUCAAGAUGCAGCCUGUUCUCUUCAAACCUUAAAGGGUUUAUGUUGAAAGAAAUAAGAGGCUUUCAGUGUACUGAUGUCAGAGGAACACACAGUUUCACAAAGUUGGAAUUCUAACUGUUGUUGGUCUCGCAUCAACAUGUGCAAACUGCCGAUCAGCCUUUAAAUCUGAGUCUCAGGGUUUUAUCAAGGCUUCACUCCAGAAUACAGAGAAAACGUUUUUAUAUCUGCUGCCACUUGUGUCUUUAAACUGAUAAUAAUUGCAUGAUUUUAAUAAUGACUCUCUUUAUGAUUGCCAUUUUAAUUAACUUUUUAUCUUUUUGUGACUGCUGAGACUUUAAAUGCUUGAAUGUCUUUAUAUGUGUAAACAUUAUGGUUUUAUUGGAAAAUGCAAACAAUCAAUGCAAUGUAAUACUCAGGGCUGUUGAUCUUUGAUGCUACAAUUUAUCUGGAUCUUUUUCUUGUGCUGUGCACAGUGAAAAUGUCACAGGUUUGUAUUUCUGUAUAAACUUGUGCUUGUGUUUUCUGUUUGUCUGUUUCUGUUUUAUUCUUUAUUAAAGGCUUCUAGUUGUAGCAGUGC